UCACGACUCUCGGUGGAAAAGUCUCCUGUGCGCGCAGUGCAUCAUGGGAUUUGUGGUUCUUGAUGAGGGAGUCGCUUAGUCGUGGUUGGUUUCGGUGUCUCCGCAAAUGUCUGCGCGUUUUCCUGCGGUUAUUCGCGCUGUUUGUUCGUCACGCAGGCUGCAAGGCUGUAAAUAUUCGGAUUAUUACUGAAACCAGCGCGGAGGAUCAGAGACAGUGUGUGUGAGGCGGAUUUAGUGGUGAAUAAUCGGGGUUUGGUGUUGCACUGCGGGGUUUAUUAUCCAUGCAGCAGGACAGGUGCCCUGUUAAUGGUGGACAAACGACAGAGCGUUGAAUACAGCAACGAAGGGAGGGACUGACACCGGUGCGCUGUGGUGAAAUCCUGAAACAUCUGGACGCCGACACACACACACACACACACACACACACACACACACACUUCUGCUCCAGUAUGAACACACAGCUCAGAAAAUCACAGAGAAGAUUGGACGCUCUGUCUGGCGUGUGUGAUUGACAGAUCCCAUAUUGAGAGGAUCAGUGUGUGUGUGUGUGUGUGUGUGUGAGUGUGUGUGAUGGAUUGGAUGCGGGACUGGGUGCAGGCCGUGCGGGAGUGUGAGGGCGGGGCUUUGGGCACGGUGCUGUGUUUAGCUCUGCUGUUUAUAUGGUACUGUUACCGUGUGGGCUGUGAACACGCCUCCUACACGCCUGAGUCUCGCUCCAGCCCGCCCGAACUCUCGUCAGCAAAACUCCGCCCUACACUGGGUGGAGUCAGAACAGGGGGCGGGGCCAGCGAGGAGGAGCUGAACGGCUUUGCGUACUGUCAAUCACCCGAGUGUUUCCGGUGCUCGCGGCCCGGCAACGGAUUUAACCAACGACUUUACCACAAUCUACAGGACUACGCUAAACGCUACACAUGGGCAGGUAUGGGGCGUGUGCAUAAAGGUGUGCGUGAGCAGGACCGCUAUCGUCUGUGUAAUCGUCCGUCCAUCCAGAAGGCGGAGGUGUUCUUCCUGCCCGAUCUGCCGUCCGCUCCGUUUUUCUCUCGCGAUGCGCAGAAGCACGACGUGGAGCUGUUGGAGAGAAGUUUCCCCGCCCUGCUGGCCGAGUUCGAGAGCGUGUACCGCACGCCCCCGCCGCUGGCGCCCGGCUGGAAGGCUAACAGCACGCCGCGGGGACACUGGUGGACCUUCUACCUGGUGAACCAGGGCACGACGCUGGCGCUGAACGCUCGCCGCUGCCCGCGCACCUGGAGGGUCCUGGGACAACUGCGCACCUUCAUCUCCAACAACGUGUUUGGAAACGCCUGCUUCUCCGUCAUCAGCCCCGGAGCCACCAUCACCGAGCACUACGGACCCACCAACGUCCGCCUGCGCUGCCACCUGGGGCUGAAGGUGCCCCCUCAGUGUGAGCUGGUGGUGGGGGGCGAGCCGCAGUGCUGGUCUGAGGGAAACUGUCUGCUGUUUGACGACUCGUUCCUCCACACGGCCUUCCACGAAGGCGCUCCAGAAGACGGACCCCGUGUCGUGUUCAUGGUGGAUCUGUGGCAUCCGAACGUGGCGGCGGCCGAGAGACAGGCGCUCGACUACAUCUUCACUCCGGGACGCUGAGAUGGAGAGAGAGAGAGCGAUGGAUGUAUGGAGAGAGAGAGAGAGACGGGUGGAACGAGGGAUAGAGAGCUGGAGAUAAAGAUUGAUGAGUCAUAACAGUGAAGUGAAGCUGAUGACUUGCACAUUUUACUGUACAUAAGUGUUUCCUUAUGAAGCGUCACAGUUCACGCUCUCCUGAAAUGAGAGAAGGAGAGAGAGAGAGAGAGAUGGACAGAGUCAGUGAUGGAGAGAGAGAAAGAGAGAGAGGGAGAGUAAGACGGAUGAUAACGGAGCAGUGAGACAGAACUGAAGCGGAAAAAAAAACACAUUUUUAUGUACAUAGAUUUUCACAAAUCAGUCAGUAUAGUAGAAAAGACGAAAUAGAAACAGAGUAGAAGGAGAGAGGGAUAGAUAGACGGAUGGAAGGAGAACAACUUAAUGCGCAUUUUUCUGCACAUAAGGGUUUCCUGAUGAAGUGUCACAGAGAGAGAGAGAGACAGAAUGGAGGGAGACAGUAGAGGAGGGACGAGUAACAGAGCAGUGAGGAGGACAAACCAGAACACACAUUUUUAUGUACAGAUUUUUUCAGUUCACGCUCUCGUCAGAAAGACGGAGAGAGAGACGGAGAGAGAGAAAGGGACUGAAUGAUGGGUAGAUGAAAAGAGAGUAAGAGAACUGAGGGAAAUUGUUACAUGUGCGUGAGUGUUUCCUACUGCUUCAGUAUUUGCUCAAAGAAAACAAAUGGAAAGGACGAAAGAAAAAGAGAAGGAGAGCAGGCAGUAAAGUGUGAGUGUACGCACAGCUUUUGUACAUAAGUGUUUCCAGAUGAUGCCACGUGGUCCAGUCUUCAUAAAAGAUAGAGGUGGAUGGAUGGACAGAGACAGAGAGAGAGAUUUAGCAUGCGGUCACUUGAAGCUCACUCUACAAAGAGAAACCGCUGAUCACUCGCACUCGUUUACGGCAUUUACUUUCUCUUCAGCAAACGCUUUAUCCUCUUCAGGGUCGGCUUUGUUUUAAACAGAUUUACAACAAAGGCGUUGUCCGUCCAAAUAUAUACAGAUAUUUUUGAAAACGUAUUUUAAAAUAAGAUUUCCCGUCCACACAAACAGCGUUCUUCGAAAAUCCCUUCAUCCAGACGAAAACGAUCACAUGAUCACACCGGCGCAGUGAUGUCACGUCAAAAACUGUUCCGUCAGAACCUCAAGAAUAGCAUUAGAGAAGGAGACAUGCAGAAAAAUACCAACAUGACCAAAUGAAAAGAAAAAACAAAAACAAACAAAUUGAUACGCGUGGCACUGACCACGUGGAACUGCGACGUGUUCUCCGGGUUCUUCUCCUGAAUCUGCAUGGAGUCAGGAACAGUACAGCGCACAUCAGAUCCACGAAGUGAGAUUAAACUGCAAACACGUCAUCGCACAAGAAAUUACAGCGCACAGACCAACAACAUGAUCACCAGCCGCGAUAAGCCAAGUCCUAGCAUGUUCAUAACCGCCGCAGUGAACACGUGCAGCUUCACGCUGUGAAGUUCUCCCAUAAACAACAAACAAGUUCUUGUUCAUGUACAAAAAGAAAACAAAAAACUGUUAAAACUGUGUCCGCCUUCGCAAAACGCUUCCGUUUCAGUGGCCCAGAAUGCAGUUUUUGUGUGAACAGGAGAUCAAAACACAGAGAAAAAAAAUGUACUAUUUUCCAAAAUAUCUGUAUACACGUGAGCAGGGCUUUAAUAUAUCAGAUAAAUAAAAAUAAUAACUGAGGGAUUGCGAUAAAAAAAAAACAACCAAAAAAAAAAAAAUACAGUUCCGCUCGCAUUUUUAACAGUUAAUCAAUUAACUGAAAGCACAUUUUUAUAGACGUGCAUAAAUGCUGAUGAAGGAAGACUAGAGAAGAGUGAGAGUGAGGAAAAAGAGAGAAAUAGAUAGAGAUAUACUCCGUGUGCGUGGAAAAGGAGAGAGAGAGAGGGGGAUGAGAAACGAUGCUGAAUAAUCCGACCUGAACAUGUCUUUACACGAGUGUUUCCUGAUGGUUCAGCAUUUCCUCAAAAUAGAAAAAGAACUGAAGAAAGAGAAAGACAGAGAGAUGGAUGGGGGAGAGAGAGAGAGAGAGAGAUGGAUGGGAGAGAGAGAGAGAGAGAUGGAUGGGGAGAGAGAGAGAGAGAGAGAUGGAUGGGAGAGAGAGAGAGAGAGAUGGAUGGGGAGAGAGAGAGAGAGAGAGAUGGAUGGGGAGAGAGAGAGAUGGAUGGGAGAGAGAGAGAGAGAGAGAUGGAUGGGAGAGAGAGAGAGAGAGAGAUGGAUGGGGAGAGAGAAAGAGAGAGAGAUGGAUGGGAGAGAGAGAGAGAGAGAGAUGGAUGGGAGAGAGAGAGAGAGAGAGAUGGAUGGGAGAGAGAGAGAGAGAGAUGGAUGGGAGAGAGAGAGAGAGAGAUGGAUGGGGAGAGAGAGAGAGAGAGAGAUGGAUGGGGAGAGAGAGAGAUGGAUGGGAGAGAGAGAGAGAGAGAGAUGGAUGGGAGAGAGAGAGAGAGAGAUGGAUGGGGAGAGAGAGAGAGAGAGAGAUGGAUGGGAGAGAGAGAGAGAGAGAGAUGGAUGGGAGAGAGAGAGAGAGAGAGAGAUGGAUGGGAGAGAGAGAGAGAGAGAUGGAUGGGAGAGAGAGAGAGAUGAGUAACGGGCAGUAAAAUAGAACUGAAGUAAAUGAUCAGGAUGACAGAUUUGGAUAUUUUCUGUAUAUAAGCAGUCGAGAGAUGAGCACACGAUUGCAUCAUUACUGCUGAAAGACAGAAAAAGAGAGAGAGAGACCGGUAGAGAGACAGAUCUGAGGUGAACAGUAUUUCUUGCACAUUUUCUGUACAUAAAUGUUUACAGAUCAGAUCCAGUCUAAGUGUUUAUUAAAGGUACAGGCCAGGGUGUACAAACUUAUGAAAUUCUGACCGUAUAGCACUUUUCAGGUCAGAAGCGUCGCGUCUAAAGCGUUCACGCUGCACUUUUUUUUUUAACACUCCGGCGUGUGACUGAACGGAAAGUGUACAUAUAUAUGAGAAUAAAUAUAUAUACUGUAUUUUCUCUCUGUGUCAGAAGGACGAUAAACAACCGCGCGCUGACGCAGACGCUAGCGACGUCCUUACGACCUGUUUAUUCGGUGUUUAUACAAACACACGAGUAGCGUAAAGACUGUGUUAUAAUACUGUUUUUAACACGCGCUCCUCGUCCACUUCCCUUUGGGUUCCAUCCCAAAAACUCCCACACUAUAUACUUACACACUUGAUUAUUUACUAGAACAGUGCUAGGAAAUGUCCGUAAUUAGCACACAAGCUAGUUAGUAUGCUAGUUGUUCAGCUAGCUAGUCAAUAAACUGAUGUAACUACACUAUGUACGAAUGUCUUUGGUCACUUUAAAAACAUUUCUAAAUAAUAUUCUACGAGUUAGCAAAGUAGUUACUUGCUACGCUAGCGACUUAGCGAGGUAUUUCUGAGGAGAAUCAAUUCAGCUACGUUUCCUGAUGUGUAAUAGACGUGUCGUGGGCUUUCAGGUCAGUAGGGGAAGUGGACAAACAGUAUUGAAACACAGGAGCAGAUCGUGUAAAAACGAAUGAAUACAUUUCAUGAGGUAAAACACUAGCAGCAGGUCGUUUAUCAACACAAAAAUCUUGCUUUGCAACGUUCUCUUUAAUAUUACGAUCAAUUUUAGCGUCAGUUUGAAGCGCUUUGUAUUUCUAGCUGCGUUCAAAUAGAGCUUGUGAAUCUGUGUUUUCGCUGUGAGAAGACGAUGUUGAGAACGAACGGUAUGUUACGGGACACGGAAUAUAUGCUAGCUAGUGACUUAGCUAGCUAAAAAGUAGACAGUGACAGUUGGAACAUCAACAUUUACCUCAGAUGUGUUGGUAAAUGUUUGGAAAAAGACUCCGGAUGGUUAAAUUGACACUGUAAUUACACUUAGCAUCAACCGCUAACAGGACUAACGUGAGCCGCCAUUUUAUUUAUUGUUUUAAAAACCUGGCACAGCUCUCUGCUGCAGUACAUUUUGUGUUGAGAAGUUGUGGACACUACGCCGCGCGAAUCUUUCUCGUGAACACGAUGACGCACGACUGUAUUUGAACGCAGCGUCUUGUACAGAAGCACACUUCGAAGUUUACAGUGUAGAUAUAAACAAACGCAGAACUUUCAGCUCAUUCAGGCGCUUCAGUGGGUGACCGCUUUGUUCGUUCUGUGCUACUCGUACAUUCCUUUUCUAAGGACCCGAGUCGAUCUGCACACGCUGUUUCGCAAUCGGUGGCUUUUUUCUAGCGUCGUGUGACUUUUGCAGCCGAGCGGGUUUGUGACGGGUUUUAUGCUGACGUUCUGACUUUCUGUGUUUCUUGAAUGUGAUUUUUGCUACGGCUGAGCCAUGACGUGUGUUUAAUAAAGAGCCGGUUGUGCAACCUUC